UGGUUCACUUCCCGAUUUGUGAACAUUACUCUGCUAAUAUGCUGGUCAGAGUCUAUGUGUGCAGGACAGGGAUGUCAGCUCAGGGAAAAUCAGAACGUUUGACCUAAAAUACUGUUUAACUACAGACUACAGAUCCAGUUAUUCCAAGAAUCCAUCUGGAAAUCUUUGCCUGGGGACCAGAUGUGUGUCUGACUACAGAUUCCAAGAAUGUCUACAUUCAUCUAACCUGGGGGAAAUGACACAGCGCACCAAACAAUGACCUGCAUUUGACACAGUUCCAGUCAGAACUACUCCAGCUGAGAGGGAGUAAAGUCUAUGGAUCAGUCCUCUGCAGAAAGACAGACCGACACACAGGUAGUAUGUCCCAACGUGUGGCAGUGAUCGGGGCGGGUCCCUCAGGUCUGACCAGCAUCAAGAGCUGUCUGGAUGAGGGUCUGGAGCCCACCUGCUUCGAGAGCAGUGAUGACAUCGGGGGGUUGUGGAGGUUCAAGGAAACCCCUGAGCUGGGCCGCACUAGUAUCUACCGCUCUCUGGUGGUGAACACCUCCAAGGAGAUGAUGUGUUUCAGUGACUUCCCUAUGCCAGCUGACUACCCCAACUACAUGCUGCACUCCCAGCUGCUGCAGUACUUCAGGCUUUACGCUCAACACUUUGACCUCCUCCGACACAUCACCUUCCAGACCAGCGUGCUGACCGUGAGACAGAGGCCAGACUUCAGUCGUUCAGGCCAGUGGGAGGUGGUGACAGAGAACGGGGAGGGACAGGAGCAGAGACACGUCUUUGACGGGGUCCUGGUGUGUUCAGGACACUACACUCAGCCUGUCUCACCGCUAGACCAGUUCCCAGGCCAUGAGUCGUUCCCUGGCCGCUGCCUACACAGCUGGGAGUAUAAGGAUGCUGAUGCGUUUCGGGGGAAGAGGGUGGUGGUAGUGGGGAUUGGGAACUCUGGAGGAGAUAUCGCUGUGGAGAUCAGCCGGGCUGCAGAGAAGACCUUCCUGAGUACCCGUAAGGGGACGUGGGUGUUAGCUCGUAUGUCCAGUAGCGGUCUCCCACUGGACAUGACGGCCAUCUCACGGCUCACCGUCCUGCUGACCUCCCUGCUGCCCAGAGCGCUGGUCAACUGGGCUGCAGAGAGAAGCCUUAAUCACCGAUACGACCACCGCCUCUACGGCCUACAGCCAACACACAGGCUGCUAGAGCAGAAGCCGCUGAUCAACGAUGACCUUCCAGGCCGUAUCCUGCAGGGGGCAGUAGUGCUGAAGCCAGACCUGAGAGGGUUCCAGGGGUCCGGACUGCUGUUCCAGGAUGGAACCACGGAGGAGGACAUCGAUGCAGUGGUCUUCUGUACUGGAUACAAUGGCACCUUCUCCUUCCUGCCCCCGUCACUAUGUUCAGGAUCUGUGGGGGAUCUCAACCUGUACAGACGGGUGUUCCCUCCAGCUCUCGAGCGCCCCACGCUGGCCAUCAUGGGUCUGUUCCAGACUAAAGGACCCAUCUUUCCUGCAGUGGAGAUGCAGGCCCGCUGGGUCACGAGGGUCAUCGCAGGGUUGACCCAGCUCCCACCACGGAAAACGAUGCUGUCCAAAAUCGAGACGGAGACGAAGCGGAACAUGAAGAGUUGCCUGUGUCCCAGACAGGCAGCUCUCCAUGUGGAUUAUAUACCAUACCUGGACUCCCUGGCUGAGCAGGUGGGGGUUCGUCCCAACAUCCUAGGGCUGCUGCUGAGGGAGCCUAGUGUGGGGCUGCGUGUACUGCUGGGGCCCUGCACCCCUUACCAGUACCGCCUAAGAGGGCCAGGAAAGUGGGACGGGGCCCGACAGGCCAUCCUCACUCAGUGGGAGCGCGUAGCCCAGCCCUUCAGAACCAGGCUGGAGCCAGAACCCCCCAGGCCCUUGGUCCUUCUGUCCCCCUUGCUGAUCACGCUGUCCGCUGGAGCUGUGAUGCUAGCUGUGGUCCUCUCCCAGUGUAAACUGACCUUAGGUCUACAGGACCUACUACAGGACUCAACUCACCUGCUGGACUGGCUCUCAGCACUACUAUGGGGCUCGGCGUAGAAGCAGCCUAUAUAGCAACAGAUCUAGGAUCUACAUUAACACUCUAUUGCCUCCACUAUGGACCAGGCCCUCUGUUUCUUUUCUUCUUUCUUCUCGUCAAGACCAGUAUGUAGGGGAUCUUUUUUCAGGCGUUUUGUUUACGCCUGCUACGUUAGGUUAGGCUGUAUCUGACCUAGCAGACUGCUUUCAUUGUCUUACAGAAACACUCAUUAGCUGUGCUUGGUGAAAGUAAGACCUCUCUAAAACUCUUACUCUUAUUUGAUUUCUUCGGUUAGCUCUAACGCUUAAACCGCGUAAGCUAUUAAUAUGAAACCAACUUUAAAAUGUGCAGACAGCCCCGACUUAGCGCGCUUGAGAAAUUAUUUUUGAUAAAUAAUUAUGAUAAAUAUCUGCUCUGGAUUGAGAUUCAAAGAUGUUUGCAGAAAAAAAUGGGGUGUCAGCUAUAACAUGACAUCUUGAGUUUCAAAAAAAUUCUUUGAUUAUUGAACUCCAGUAAGAAGGGGAUUUACACCUGGUAACAGAAUUACAUCAUGGGUCCCUGAUCUGUACUACAUAGACAUGCCAAAUGAUGUAUCCUGAAUAGGAACACAAAGGUAGAAAUAUGCAAUAUCAUAUGGGUAUUAUUCUACACACUGGCUAUUAUUCUAAUGAGCUCUGCCCUUAACAAGACCACAUUUGGUUGGUCUGGACCAGACCAAAUCUGAACCAAUUAUAGACGUCUAUGUUUCACAAGUUUGGACAUCACAGUACAGUAGAGUACAAUACAGCACAUCACAGUAGAGUUCAAGUAUAGUUCAGUAGAGUAUAGUACAAUAUAUUAUACUGUACUCUAGUGUUCUCUACUGUACUAUACUGAACUUUACUCGACUGUAGGUCUACUGUAUGGAACUAUACUCAACUUUACUUGUCUUUGCUGUACUGUACUCUACUGCAGGGGUUCCCAAACGUUUUUGCUUUGUGACCCACCAAUCGAAGUGUCUUUAAGAGUAGCGACCCACCAUAGGUGUUGAGUGGUGAAGAAACAUACGCAGACCAAAAAAUAAGUAAACAAUAUCAUCCUUGCAGUGGAGAGAAAAUGUUGCAAUUUCAAAGCUAAUCUCCUGCAAUUCCACAUAUCCUGUAAUGGAGCUGAAAUAACAUUUUGCGGUUUUAAAGCCAAAGUCCUGCAAUUCUAUGCAUUUUACCAUGAUGAGGGAAAAAAUUGCAGUCUUUUAAGCUAAUUUCCUACAAUUCUAAGUAUUUUGACAUGGCUAAUGCUGUUUUCUUAUGCUCAAAUAUUAUUUAAAAAAUCAAUGAGGACCUGAUUGUCUAGCUUUUAUCUUGUUGAUUGUAUAUAUACAGUACCAGUCAAGAGUUUGGACACCUACUCAUUCAAAGGUUUUUCUUUAUUUUUAUUAUUUCUACAUUGUAGAAUAAUAGUGAAGACAUCAAAACUAUGAAAUAACACAUAUGGAAUCAUGUAGAAACCAAAAAAGUGUUAAACAAAUCCAAAUAUAUUUUAUAUUUGAGAUUCUUCAAAGUAGCCACCCUUUGCCUUGAUGACAACUUUGCACACUCUUGGCAUUCUCUCAACCAGCAUCAUGAGAUAGUCACCUGGAAUGCAUUUCAAUUAACAGGUCACCGAUCAUGGAUGUCUAUGUUUGGGCCAAAUCAAUGCCGUUCUGGACUGGACCAAAAAUCGACAUCUGUGGACUGACCGAUUUGGUAACAAACAGUAAAAACACUAUUUACUAA